AACAGAAACCAAACGUGGAUUUCUCGCAGUGUAGCGGAUGCGUUCCUGCGUUUGCGCGCACACAUGACUCUGGUCGGAGCAGAUCAUAACAGAAUACAUGCAACAGACGUGCAUGCAGUCUGGUACCUCACCACGCAAGCAGUACCCGGGCUGCCCAGCGUCAUCAACCACGACCACGGCUCCACCAGUGACUCAGACUCUGACAGCGGGAUAACUCACAGCCACAUUGGCUUCCUGGUGUCCAAGACGUACACGGUGUCGGAGGACGGCUACGGCUGUCUGUCGGGCUUCCGUGCUGCUACCCAAUGAAUAUUUGGGAAAAGAAGUCACUAAGCGUGACUUUUUAAUACAUUCCGUGUGUUUGGAAAUUGUUUUUUUCUAACCCUUUCUUGUUUUUUUUGCAAGAAACAAAAAUAGUGAACAGGUAGCAUUUUUUAGGAUUAUAGAAUGAUAGAAUAAACAAAGAUUAGUUGGUUAUGAGAUGGUUUAAUAGACAAAAACACCAUUGGGAAAAUAUUUUGAAACAAAAAAAGCAAUCAAAGCAGAAAGAAUUCAAACUGUAAUCAAAUAAAAUGAGAUGAUCCAUGA